AUGGAGCGGUUCUGGCGGAACAGUGUUAAGGAAUCGGAACGUCGAGAUCAACAGCGGUUUGAGGAGGAGAUUCAGAGCAGAUUUGCCCAGGAGUUCGAAUUCGAGAGGAGAAAACAGCGGCUGUGGCAAGCGAUUGGCAGAGAGUCACCUGACGGCGACACUACUGAAGGGGAACUUGCAGCACAGUAUUACGCUGCAAUGCAGGCCGCUCUACACGGACCAAAGGAAGAUAUCAUUACGGGACAGGCGUUCGGGAGGUAUAUACCCAGCACAGCGCAAAGCCCGAUCACGGACCUUCAAAACAAAGUAAUUUAUGGCCCGUGGGCGCUUAAUUGGAACCGCGCCAUAACGAGCAGAACAACUCGAGUAUCUCUAGGUGGGCGUCGUGGCGCAGUGAGCAUCGGGAGCAGUGCAUCAAGUUAUGUCACGACUGCCAAUGUAAACUGGAACAGGACUGCAGUGACAUUUGCAGCCAGGCCAAAUGAUCAGGCUGUCAAACUGGGGAUCCUUCGUGGACGCUAUGGCGUAGACGUGGCGAGAUCUAAUCGUCUCAGAACGUCCGCAGUUGAGACAGUCAUGCGUUACGUUGAGACUGCAACAGUCGUAGACCAGAUUAAUCGAACAUACGGGCAACGCAUUCGUGUGCGUCGCUUCAGUUUCAAUUACACCCGAGAUUUCACGAUCCCGCGUUUCGACUCCCCGGGAAGAACUCCCGGUCUCCGACAGGAACUUGCUGUGAAUUGGGGGUCGUUAGGAAUCAGCGUCGGUACAGAUGUUCCCGACAAUGAAUACGCCAUUUCUGUUGGGCUUCGUGGCUAUCAGUUUUCCGUCCUGAGAGAUUUUUUUCAGCGUCUGACGCAGUUCCAGGGGAACUGGGGCCGCGGUUGGCAACUGGAGAUUGCAACGAAGUUCGAGGACCCUAUCAACGACCUACUAUACUAUCAGGUUGGGUUCGGACGCCUCGGUCGCCUUUACGCCACAGCAGGGGCGGGAUUUGCAUCAGAUAACACUCCGAUGGCUCUUGUUCAGGUCCAAGGAAACGACGCAAGUGUGGCAUUUAAAGCUGUCCAAGAAGCUGGUGUUCGAGUUUUCAAUAUUGGCUUCACCGUUGGACGCUUUACUUACAGCUGGGAUUCUGUUGUCGACUACGAUCGCGUCGCCAUGCCCCUCUCACCGAUCAGUGCAAUCCUAAAGACGCUUCUGAAUGUCACCCCCUAG